AUGGCAGACAUCACUGUGGUCUGCGAGGGCCACGAGACACGGUUCGACAAGAAAAAGUCGUACACUGUCUAUGUCUUUUCGGUCGCCACAUCUGCUGGCGUCGUCAUGAUCUACCGCAGAUACUCGGCCAUCCGCAGGUUCUACGCCACUCUCAAGGAGAAGAAGAUCGAAGGCUUUCCAGACUCGUUCCCCAAGAAGAACUACCUCAAACGCCUCUCGCCGGCCACCAUUGAGGAGCGCAAGGAGGCGUUCAACGUCUUCUUCAGCGAGCUCCUUACUAUCCCAGACAUCCUCAUUCGCUUCGAGGACGUCCGCGAGUUCCUCUCACUCCGCACCCUCAUCGGUGAGUCAGGCAAGUCCGGAUCGGAUCGGGCUGCAGACGUCUCGGCCGUCCUCAAGAAUACCACAAAGCGUGCCCCUCCCCAGGCCCGCGCCAUGUUUGCCUUUACCGCUGAACGCCCCGGCGAGAUCUCGCUCGCCGUCGGCGACAUUGUCGUCCUCGACUCGGAUCCCGACGAGGGCGGUGCAUGGUGGGAGGGCAAGAUCGGCUCUGUCUCUGGCCGCUUCCCCGCAAACCACGUGGUCCUCAUCGGCUCGUCUAACCAGUUUGACGCCGCCGCCGAGCCGCCGCCCGUCCCGCCACCCAUCAACGAAGCCCUACGCAUCCGCCGUCUCACCCUCCACGCCGAUGCCCAGCGAAAGCUCUCCUCUGCUCAGGGGGCGAAUACCUGGGGCGAAACCCCUCCGCCGCCGCCGUCCUCGGCCUCCACCUCCACCUCCCAGCCGACGCCUGCGUUGCAGCCGCCUGCCUCCGCCGCCGACGCAGCCGACACACCCACGACCUCGCCCGCCCCUCCCGUUGUUUACGCUCGCGCUGUCGCCAAGUAUGCUGGCGAUCCCGAGUCGGACAUCUCCUUCAAAAAGGGCGACCUCAUCGAGGUCAUCGAAGAGGACGAGAGCGGCUGGUGGUUUGGCCGGCUCGGCGACGAAGAGGGCCUCUUCCCGGCCACCUUUGUUACUCUGGUCGACGCCACAUAGCACCACGACUUGGAGCUACACACCCAAUUGCUGUGACACUUGCUGACACAACAAUUCGUAUUACCCGCUACUCGACCUUAACCGGACCGCUCUCAAAUGGCAAGCCCGCCCCAAAGCUCACCACGUUGGCGAGACCGUACAAGACGGUAAGCAGGAGCUGGAAUGCAUUCUGGAUCGCAAAGUGCGAGAUCGAGUUCCCAAUCUCCUUCCAACUCGCGCCUUGGGUUUUGACAAGGAAGAAAAAGUUGAGCGAGCAGACGGAACUCAUGGCCACCACGAGGAAGAAAAGCGCCAUGUUUGGCACCUUGAGCACACGGCCCACAAAGCCGAGCGCGCACGAGACGAGCGCAAUCGGAAUCAGUACCUUGAACACAAGCAGAGCGCCCAUAACCCAUGGGCGAAAGACAGUCACAAACCGAAAGGCCGAGCUGAUCUCAAACGACGACAUCGACGCCACGUUGCCGGUCCCGAAAAACGCCACGUUGAUGUAGAGCAGCACCAUUCCCCCAGUCCGCACGUCGCGGAGCGAAAGCGCCCGCUGCAAGCCUCCUCCGUCCUCACCCGCUGCCUCAAUCACAAUCCAAGCCACCAGCGACCCAAGAAGCGCCGUAAAGAACAGCA